GAAAGUACUGUCGCAAUGCAUGGGCUCCUCACGACUUGGCUUUUUCUGUUGGCGGCCUUUUUGGGCCAGACAUGGGGUUAUUCGUACCUGAUGGUGAGCCAUACUGCAUCGAAAUCUCAUCAUGCAGUUGGUUUUGCGUUGGCCAAAGGUCUGGCUGCUGCCGGUCAUGAAGUCACUUUGAUAUCACCAUUUCCCCAGAAGAAGCCUGUUAAGAACCUAAUCGAUGUGGACACGCCGAAUAUUAUCACCGCAAUGGGAGUUCAUAAGGCGCGGAUUCUGGAAAAUGCCAAGAAGUCGGUGAUUUGGCGGUAUCCAAUAAUACAUGCAAUGGGAUUGGAUUUGACCAGUGCACUUUUUAAGGCUCCGGCAGUGCAGGAGUUACUCGCUCAAAAUCGAACCUUCGAUGGAGUCAUCUGCGAGGUCUUCAUGAACGAUGCCCACUACGGUUUUGCCGAACACUUUGGAGCUCCAUUAAUCACAUUCAGCAGUUUGGGAGCCACUGGAGGGACUUCUGAUCUGGUGGGCACUCCAUCGCCAGCCUCGUAUGUGCCACAUAGUUUACUGCGGUUCAGCGAUCGCAUGAACUUUUGGGAGCGAGCCCAGAACUUGGGAUUCCAGGUCUACGAAUUUAUCUACCAGAAUUUGGUUAAUCUACCCAGACAUGAGGUGCUGUAUAAGAAAUAUUUUCCCAACAACAAACAGGACUUUUAUGAAAUGCGCAGGAAUACUGCCUUGGUGCUUCUAAACAAUCAUGUUUCACUUAGCAAUCCGCGUCCCUAUUCUCCAAAUAUGAUCGAAGUUGGCGGUAUGCAUGUGAAUCGAAAGGCCCCAAAGCCCCUGCCCAAGAAAAUCCGGGAAUUCAUCGAGGGUGCCGAGCAUGGUGUUAUCUAUUUCUCAUUGGGCUCCAAUCUGAACAGUAAGGAUUUACCAAAGCAGAAGCGUAAGGCUAUUGUGGAGACUUUAAGGAGUCUCAAGUACCGAGUACUUUGGAAAUACGAGGAGGAAACUUUCGAGGACAAGCCCGAAAAUGUUUUUGUAUCCAAGUGGUUCCCCCAGGAUGAUAUCUUGGCUCACGAAAAAGUGAUUGCCUUUAUAACUCACGGCGGACUUUUGAGCACCAUGGAAUCGAUUUACCAUGGCAAACCCGUCGUGGGAAUUCCCUUCUUUGGCGAUCAAUUUAUGAAUAUGGCGAGAGCCGAGCAAUCGGGCUAUGGAAUCACUGUCAAAUACGCCCAACUAACUGCUUCUCUAUUCCGAUCCGCCAUCGAUCGGGUUACCAGUGAUCCCAGCUAUCGAGAACGAGCCAAGGUCAUGUCCAAUCAAUUUAGGGAUCAAAAGGAGACGCCACUGGAGCGCGCCGUUUACUGGGUGGAGCAUGUGACUCGGCAAAAGGGAGCCAAGUACCUGAGAAGUGCCUGUCAGGAUCUGAACUUUAUUCAGUACUUCAAUCUGGAUGUCCUGGCCACAUUCUUUUCCGUCCUUAGCCUAGUUCUUAUUUCUGCAUUCCUUACACUUCGAUUUGUAGUAAAUAAAGUAAGGAGCAGUCUUUCAAGGCCAAAGAGUUUAAAAAAGAAAACUAACUAAGUUAAGAUUAUAAUA